GAUAUACGUUCUAUGACAUAAAGUUCAAGUUUGUUCUUUCGUCGGAGCACUGUCGGCUGGACAGCGUGGCUUCUUGUGUGUGUCUCCCAACCAGAACCGCUGUGUGGCUGCAUAUCAUGAAGUUGACAUGGGUUCUCCUCGUCGUCUCGGCGUUUCUGGUAACUGUAUCGGCCGAUAAAGGUUAUGACAAAUGUCCCUAUGGAUGGUAUAUCCACGUUCACUACUACUACGUCGACAAGAUAAAUUAUGUCACAGAACAACAAAUGACUGGCGACUACGUCCGAUUUAGAAUGAUCGCAGAUAUUGGAGCUUAUCAGUACAAAUUCGUUCGAGACCAGUUAUGGGCACUAGAUGACAUUGAGCCCCCAGCAGAGGAUCCGAUAGUCUUACGAAGCACAUGCAAAACGGAAACAGAGCUGAUCUACGGUUUCUGGGACAGUUCAGCUUCAUUUUGCUACAUUGUUCUUCCCGGUCUGCAGAAUAUUCGAAGAGCAAAAUGUGACCAAAAGUCGUGUUGUGGCACUUCCACCAUCUGUCACGAGGACGGUCACGCGCGACAACGCUAUUGGGUGUAUUGUGCACACUUCACCAGUCCUUUCAACGGAUAUUUCGCCGUCCGCUAUGACACGUUCCCCCAGUGCUGCACUUGCAGGAGAUGCGACAAGUGCGGAAUGAUACACUGAUCCGUUGAAUGACUUUCCGAUAUAAAACAUGUGUAUACUGUUAAUUUUGUCCAGCUUUACAUCGUUCUAAUAAUAAAUGUGUUAUUUUGCAUCA